AUGGAAUCGCUGACGCUUCGCGCCUCGACGGCGGCGGCGGCCGCGGCCACCGCCUCGCCGCUGCAGCAACGCCGGCUCCCCGGGCGGCAGCGCGCGACGUACGUCCGCGCCACGGCCUCCGCGUCCGCCGCCGGCGAGCCGGACCUCUCGGUGCGCGUGAACGGGCUGCAGAUGCCCAACCCGUUCGUGAUCGGGUCGGGGCCACCGGGCACCAACUACACCGUCAUGAAGCGCGCCUUCGACGAGGGCUGGGGCGGCGUCAUCGCCAAGACUGUGUCUUUGGAUGCUGAAAAAGUUAUCAACGUUACUCCUCGUUAUGCAAAGCUUCGGGCAGAGCCAAAUGGGGCUGCCAUGGGGCGCAUCAUUGGAUGGCAGAACAUUGAACUCAUCAGUGACAGGCCUCUGGAGACCAUGCUGAAUGAGUUCAAGCAGUUGAAGAAAGAGUAUCCUGACAGGAUACUCAUCGGCUCAAUUAUGGAGGAGUACAACAAAGCUGCAUGGCAUGAGCUUAUUGAACGUGUUGAAGAGUCUGGAGUGGAUGCUCUUGAGAUUAAUUUCUCAUGUCCACAUGGCAUGCCAGAGAGAAAAAUGGGUGCUGCUGUGGGGCAAGACUGUGAUUUGCUAGAGGAAGUUUGUGGUUGGAUUAAUGAGAAGGCCACUGUCCCUGUUUGGGCAAAGAUGACUCCUAACAUUACAGACAUUACACAGCCUGCAAGAAUAUCUCUUAAAUCUGGAUGUGAAGGAGUUUCUGCAAUUAACACAAUUAUGAGCGUAAUGGGGAUUAAUCUCAAAACGUUGCGGCCGGAACCUUGCGUGGAAGGGUAUUCUACACCUGGGGGUUAUUCUGCAAGAGCUGUGCACCCUAUAGCACUUGCUAAAGUCAUGCAGAUAGCAAGGAUGAUGAAAGAAGAAUUUGCUGAUGGACAGUCUCUCUCCGCCAUUGGUGGUGUGGAGACUGGCAAUGAUGCUGCUGAGUUUAUUCUUCUUGGUGCUGAUACAGUACAGGUAUGCACCGGUGUGAUGAUGCAUGGUUAUCCCCUUGUGAAGAAGCUUUGUGCUGAAUUACAGGAUUUCAUGAGAGAGCACAACUUUUCAUCGAUUGAAGAGUUUCGAGGGGCCUCGCUUCCGUACUUCACGACGCACACAGAUUUGGUUCACCGGCAACAAGAGGCGAUCAAGCAGAGGAAGGCCAUCAAGAAGGGCCUUCAAUCAGACAAGGACUGGACAGGCGAUGGGUUCGUCAAGGAGACUGAAAGCAUGGUAUCCAACUGA